AUGGAUUUAUAUAAACAUCAUGCAAAUAAAAAACGAAAACUUAGUAAAUCAAAAGAACAUGAAAAAGAUUUAAAAAGAAAAGACAAUAAAAAUAAUGAUAAAUCAACUAGUUGGUUUGGACAAUGUUGUUCUUCGAGAAAACACAAUACAACACCGAUUAAAAACGAUAAAAUAUUUGAAACAUCUAUGAAAAAAAUUCCAUUGGAACAUGAAAAUAUAAAUAUACAAUUAAAACCUAAUUUAUCAAUACAAUCUACUUCUAAUGAAAAAGUUUCGAACAUACAAAUGACAUAUGUAAAACGAUCAUCCUCAUAUAAUGAAUUUACGUUGUGUCAAAAAGCAUUUGAAUCAUACAAUGAUGUUUGUAUUGAAUGUACUGUUCAAUAUGGACCUGAUUCAUGGGAAGAUAUUCAUGAAAGUUUUCAAAAUUCAAACAGACAAUUAUAUGAUAAUAAUAAAUCUAUAUCAAUCGAAGAACUUGUCACAUUUCUGGACAAGAAAAUCAAUGAUGAUGAUCUUAAUAGGUUCUCUACAAAAGAAAAAUUCAUCAAUAAAACAUUAAAUCCUGUAAAAAUCAAUGUAAAUUCGUUUAUCAAUGAUAUUAUCGGUGAUGGAGUUGAUCGGGUGUCCGAUAUAAUUACAAUGAUGUCAACUCAUCGUAACAAACAAAAUGAACUUAGAAUAGAUAAAAAACUAUUGACAAAUACAGAAAAUAAUGUUCAACUAAAUGAAUCAAAUAAAACAUUAUUUGAUUAUGAAAACAGAAUACAAAAUCUUGAUAGUAUUAAACCACGUCAAUAUCAAUAUUCAGGACUUGUGUUUGAAAAACAAAACUUAAAAACAAUGUCCCCAUUGUAUUAUCAUUCAUCGAUUGAACUCUCUUUAGACAAUACAUCAUCAACAAUCACUCCAGAUGAUAACUACUGGGAUUUAUCUUCGAACAAGACAAAUAUUGAUCAAGAAAAAGUACUCAAUAAAAAAAAUUCAUCACAAAAUCAAGAACCUUAUAAUUGGAAUGAUCAAGAAUAUCCAUGGUCAUCAUCAUUCGAUUUAUCUCGAAGAGAUCAUUUGGUUGAUAACUUCUUGCAUGAUCAAUCUAAGCAAACAGUAAUAAAUGAUGAAGAUAACUUUUUAUGGGAUAAUGAUAUUGAUGAUGACUGUUCAUACACAAUAGCAUCAGUUUUACAAUCAAAUAAAACAAAGAAAGCACAAUCAUAUACGAAUGAUGUUCAAAAUUCAAAUCCAUCAUUCGAUAUUCUCAAUCAACAAGAAACUUUGUCGACAUAUGAAUCUCGUGAAAAUGCUGAUAGAAUAAUAGAUUUUGAAAAUAAGAACGAAUAUAACUCAGAAAAAAUUUAUUCUGAUGAAUUCAAAGAUCAAAAUCUUACGACCGGAAAUCAACAACAAACAUCUAUUACAAAUUUAGUUGCAAACAAUAAUUUAUUAUUAAUAAUAAAUUCUACUCAUUCUUCAGAAGUCAUUCGAGAUAAAAUUCCUAGAAUAAAUUCAUUAAGAUUAAUGACAAUAAAUAACGAUGUUUCAAUUUCUUCUAUUCAUAAUGAUGGAUCAUUUUCAAAAAAGAAUAUUUCAAAUCUUCAUAAACAGCAAUCAUUGUCUCCAAUAGAUCAAGAAUAUGCAUUCAUACAACAAAAUGAUCGAGUUAGUGGAUCAUCUGUUAGUGAUCUUUUCAAACAAAUUCAUACUACAAAGAAACAAAAAUCAAUCGAUUUAGAUUCAAUUAAUACUGCUUACUCCAUACCUGUUUCAGUACAUUCAUCAGUAUUAUUAGAAACAGUAGAAGAUCAAUAUAAUAAACAUAAUGUUCAAUCAUUACGAACAACGUUAAGUGAAGAUUGUCAUUCAAUUUCAUCCAAUACCAAAAAAAAACAACAAAAAAAUAUUACAAUCAUAGAUACGAAGGAUGAAACUCUGUCAACUAGCAUAAAAUGUUUCCAAUUGGAUUCGAUCGAUAAACAAGAAAAACAAUUGUUAAAUACUGAAAUUAAUAGUAACAUUAAUCAAUCUCGGUCCACAUACGAUGAUAUAAUAAAUUCUUGGCGACGUUUACUUGAACGUUUGCUAGGUUUCAUAUUACCUUAUAUACGUAUUACUGAUAAUAAUAUGAAUUUAUCUUCAUCUAUUUUAUCAUCUGAUACUCAUUCAUGGUCAACAUUGAUACCAAGAGAAACAAUUAAUAUGACUCAAUCUGAUAAUAUUGGUCCAUGGUGGGGUCGUCGUGAUACUUACGAUCAAACUCCUGCUACAUUUAUAUUCGCUAAUGAACCACUAAAUACAUCGUAUUCAAUAGAAACAAUUGUUAGCAACAAACAAAUGUGCAUGUCUAUUGAGAAUAGACAGUGCUACUCUAAAUAUUAUAGUUAUCCGAAUAUAUGUCACUGCUGUUGCAGUUCAUCGAUAACUAUAAACAAUAGUUCAUCAUCUUCGUAA